AUGAUUGCCGACACCAUGUUGGCACUACCUCGCAUCGCAUUGUCCUUUGGAAGCUGUUGUUGGGCUGACUCGCGUUUGCACCAGGCAUCUUUUCGAUCGCAGCCUAGCCUAUCCCGGCCCUCAUCGGCCGCUGUGCAGAUGGUAGAAUCAAGUGCGGGCUCGACUUCGCGCAUCGUCGUUGUGGGAGUUGGAGGUGCCACGUGCUCCGGCAAGACGACGUUGGCGAAGCACCUACUCCAAAUCCUGAACAACUCACCCGACAACUCCGGCAGCAGCCGCCACAGCCAUCACGGCGGCAUCAAAGACGCGUUCAUCCUGCAUCAGGACGACUUUGCGCCGCCAGAGGCAACACUGCCGGUGGACGAAAAGUAUGGCGUCACAGAUUGGGACCACCCACCAACAGCAAUCGACUACAAACGAAUGCAUAGAACCAUUCAGCACAUCAAAUCGACCGGCUCGUUCCCGCCCGAAUUCUCCUCCCACGACCACCUGAACAGCCAGCCCGACUGUCCCAUAUCCGAGACUGUUUCAAGGACAUGGAAGAACAAGUUCUCCUCGCUGGCAUCUGCGAGUGUAUCUGGCCAAGGGUCAGUGCGAGUGAUGCUGGCGGACGGGUUCCUGCUGUACUACGAUCCGGAGGUGCGCUCGACGAUGGAUGUCAAGGUCUUCCUUCGCACGCCGAGGGCAGUGCUGAAACAGCGGCGCGAGGAGCGCUUCGGGUACGCUACAGCGGAGGGCACCGUAUGGAAGGAUCCUGAGGGCUACUUUGACAAUAUUGUCUGGCCGGCGUACGAGCUGGCGCACAAGGGCGUUUUCAGCAACGGAGAUGUGGAAAAGGGCGAGCCGAUACGUCCAAGUGCUGAUCAAGAGGUGACGGCAGGCGGGCCUGUUGCAGAAUUGACAGUGCUCGAUGCAGAUCCGAGCCAAGUUGCCGACGAAAGCGAUUCGUGUCAAAUUCGCGCUCAGCACCGUCCACCUUUGCGUCGAGAAUUCGGCUUCGUCGUCGUCGUUGUCGUCGCCGUCAUCAUCCUCGUCAUCACCGUCAAGUCACCAACAUCGCCACCUUCAGACACAGCCUCUUUUUUGGCAUUUCCCUCAUUUCGCACGGUUUUCUGUCGUGCUUUUCAGCCGUUCGAUCAAAUCAUCGCCACAUCGUCUUUCUGUCGCAGAUCUAAGGCAAAUAUGUUCAUCAUCAACUGGUUCUGGGACAUCCUCGCCCAACUCGGGCUGGCGCACAAGAACGCCAAGAUCCUCUUCCUCGGUCUCGACAACGCGGGCAAGACCACGCUGCUUCACAUGCUCAAGAACGACCGACUGGCCACACUGCAACCCACGCUGCACCCUACCUCGGAAGAGCUGGCGAUCGGACAGGUCAAGUUUACCACAUACGAUCUCGGUGGACACCAGCAAGCGCGUCGACUCUGGAAGGACUACUUCCCCGAAGUGGACGGCAUCGUCUUCCUGGUCGACACGCAGGACCACGAACGAUUCGCCGAAGCACGGGCCGAACUCGACGCUCUGCUGUCGAUCGAGGAGCUCUCCAAGGUUCCAUUCUUGAUCUUGGGUAACAAGAUCGACGCUCCCGGCGCAGUGUCCGAGGAGGAACUGAGACAGGCCAUCGGGCUCUACCAGACCACGGGUAAGGGCAAGGUGCCGCUCAAGGACAUCCGUCCCAUCGAGAUCUUCAUGUGCUCCGUGGUCAUGCGUCAGGGUUACGGCGAGGGCUUCCGAUGGGUCUCGCAGUACAUUUGA